AUGGUGACGGCGGCGAGAGGAGGGCGAGGUAGCGGCAGCGGCACCCCGGAGCGGCGGGGGCCCGGCGGCUCCCCCGAGUGCUGCCCGCGCCGCCCGCCGCGGCGGCGGCGCCCGGGGACGCCGGCGGGGGCCGUGGGGGACAGCCCGCAGGAGCUGCAGGCUUUCCGUGACUACGGAGAGAGCUGGUACCGCUCCCGCAAGAGGCUGGAGAGCCGCUUUCAGCCGCGGGAGCCGCUGGCCCGGCAGCCGCAGGUGACGGCGGAGGCGCGCUGCAAGCUGGUCAGCUGGCUCAUCCCCGUGCACCGGCACUUCGACCUCUCCUUCGAGGCCCUGUGUCUGGCCGUCAACAUCCUCGACCGCUUUCUCGCCACCACGCCCGUGGCCGCCGACUGCUUCCAGCUGCUAGGGGUAACGGCGCUGCUCAUCGCCUCCAAGCAGGUGGAGGUGCACCCUCCCAGCGUGAAGGAGCUUCUCGCCCUUUGCUGCGACGCCUUUACCCGCCAGCAGCUCCGCAACCUGGAGUGCAUCGUCCUGCACCGCCUGGGCUUCGACCUGGCGGCGCCCACCGUCAGCUUCUUCCUGGAGCACUUCAGCCAGGUGCGGCUGGAGGCGCGGGGGGCCGACGUGGCGGAGGCGGCGGACGCCCGGAGCCUGGCGGGGAGCGUCGCGGAGCUCAGCCUGGCCGACUACGCCUUCACCAAAUACGCGCCGUCCCUGCUGGCCGCCGGCAGCCUGGGGCUGGCGGACCGGCUACUGCGACACCGCAGUCCCCUGGACCUGAGAGUCAGCGGCUACCCAGAGGAGCUCCUGCGGGACUGCAUGGACCAGCUGCAGCUCCUAGUGUCUCUGAACGGGCGGUCCUUGCCGCUCCUCCUGCCCCCAGAGGUGGCCCAGAAGUGCCACUGGCUGGGGCGUGACGUCUGAUGGCGAGUGGCAGCGGCGGCCGCGCCAGCCCUCGCACUCUCGGCGUCCGCAGCGCUGGGCGCUGGCUACGCUCUGGCUUUAGCGUCUGUGCUCCGUACAGUCGGUGCAGAGUCUGAUCCUCUAAGCCUUAGUGUCACUUGAGUUUGAAAAUUAGAUGACGUUUUGCAAAUGAUGUUAUGUGUCGUGUCAGCUGUAGUGUCCCUGUACUGUUUGUUUCGGUAGUUUUUAAAUCCAGCAUGUAAAUAAUACAUUGAAUCUCACGUACUGUGUUAUUUAUUUGGAGGAUGGUGCAUAAAGAUAACGGUGAAAGGAUACACUGAAUGUUGAAUAAA